UCAAUUCGUGAUUCAAGAAUCUUCCCUUACCAAACUGCUGCUGAUGGUAAAAUCUGAGUGAAUAAUUGCUUCUCCUUUUUCAUCAUCAACAUCACUGAAGCUUCUGUUUUCAAUUGUCGAAUGAUUUAGAAGAAGAUUACUUAAAAAGUGAUUUGAAAAAAGGUUCUUUCUAUUCCACUUUCUACAUCCAAACUCAUCAUCAUUAUCAUGCCGUAACUAUCUUUACACUAUUACUGUAAGUAUAAUACCUAAUCUUCAUCAUUUUUCCAUAGAAACUCCUUGUUUGUUAGUUUCUCUGGAAAAUCGAUUAUGCACUUCAAGAUUCAUGUGUGCUUUGAUUGAUGAAUAUUUUAUGGAUGGAGUCAUUUGGUUAAUUUUACUUUAAAUAUAUUUUAUAAUUAUUUUAUGGAUUCAUGUGGACUAGUUGGGGUCAACAACAUUGCAGUGCAAGAUUUACAAACUGUACGUUGAACCAAACAACAAGCAUUAAGCGAACUUGAAAGGUUUAUUUAGAGAGUGGUGAAAGUAAAUCAGGAAGAUGGGAUCUUUCAUAGGUCAUAUUUUGCCAGGAACCUUGUUUCUUCUAGUUGGUUUAUGGCAUAUAUGGUGUGCGGUGGUAAGAUAUGUAUCAAGUCCUAAGACAUUCCGAGUUCGUGUAUGGAAUCCUGUACCAAGAGUUGAUGGGAAGCUCAAGCACUUGGAACUCUAUGUUAUUUCAAUUGGCGCUUUCAUUGACUUGUGCGUUGAGCUUUUAGUUGCAACACAACUAAAGUUUUUUGUUGGUGGAGUCUUGAAUUCCACUUACUUGAUUAACUUUGAGCACUCGGGAAUGCUUAUCAUGUUUCUUAUCUUCGGCGUCGUUUCCCUGCUCUCAGAAAGAACAAGAUAUGUUUCCUUGCCAGAAGGUGCACUUUGUUUAAUUGCUGCAACAGCAUUCACUGCAGAGUAUCUUCUGUUUUAUUUUCACUCAACAGCGCACAAAGGCCUAGAAGGCUAUUACCAUGUCCUCCUCGCAUUCCUAAUUGGUCUUUGUAUAUUAUGUUCAAUUGCUGGAGCACUUUUUCCAACCAGUUUCCCGGUCGAUUUAUGUAAGGGCAUUGCCAUAACACUGCAAGGAAUCUGGUUCUAUCUGACAGCCUUUGUUCUCUUCGGCCCUAUGCUACCAGCUGGUUGUAGCAUGAAGGAUAACGUUGUCACGUGUCAUUCGCAUGAGAGCGAGGUUCGUGGUGAGUUGUUUGCCAAUGCUCAGCUCUUUUUUGCAGUCCUGGCGGUUCAUUUAGGAACCAUUGUAUCCUUUGGUUUUGCAGCUUCUAGAUAUGGAAAUUUAGAAGAACUUGCUCCUAAUUCAGGGUUUGAUUAGAAGAAAACUCAUGUAGAUUAUGAUAUUAUGUUUCCAGUUUUUUUGGUAAAUGUAAUGUUGGAGUAAACAAGUGCUGUUUUGGUGUGAUGAAAAGAUUUUUAGAAAGUAAGUGUAAAGUUAAUUUGUAAAUUAUUCAUUUAGUUGGGAUACAAUUACUAUGUAAACUUAAAUAAUAUGAGGAAAUAUCCAUGAUGGUGUAUUCUUAA